AUUGGAAAAUAUGUUGCAAUCGAUUGCGAAAUGGUGGGUGUAGGAUUGAAGGGCUCUCAGUCCAUGCUUGCCCGAGUUAGCAUUGUCAAUUAUCACGGUCAUGUCAUUUUAGACGAGUUUGUUCUUCCUGAAGAGGAUGUGACGGAUUAUAGAACUAAAUAUAGCGGAAUUCGCCCAGCACUUCUCAAAAGCAAAGGUCGAGCAUUCAAAGAAGUACAGCAGAAAGUUGCAGAUAUUCUUAAAGAUCGAAUAGUUAUUGGACAUGCAGUCAAGCACGACUUUGAAGCACUUAUGCUAACCCAUCCAUCGCGUUCGAUUCGAGAUACCUCUACAUACAAGCCAUUCCGCAACCCAAAAACAAAUUCAAUCCAGUCACUAAAGAAAUUAGCUGCAGAGUAUCUAGGACUGUCUAUUCAAAAUAAUGAGCAUUCAUCAGUAGAAGAUGCGCAGGCAACCAUGAAGCUAUAUCAUUUACACCGAGCUGAUUGGGAGCGACAGCUUCAGCGGGCUUGA